CCCGUAGGCGCGGUGGUUCCGCCCGCUGCCGCCCCGUGACCCGCCAGUGUUUCCACAGCGCUUCCGGGGGAGCGGCGGUUGCGGGGUCCUGGAUGCGAGCGGCUCCUGGCUGGGAUGUGAGCGCCGGGGCCGCUUCUCGUCCUGCCCAUAAACAGCAGGGGAAGCUGUAGCUAAAAAUGGGACUGGUGUGAAAGAUUGAUGCUGAAGGGGAACUCGCCAGUAAGGGUGACUCUUCCUAAGAAAAGAACUCUGUUCAGAAAGAGGAGGAUGUGCCAAGUUGGAGAGAGUUAAUUUGCAGCUGGAAGCAGAGCCAGUGGCUGCAAGGAAUUGGAGGCUGGGAAUUCCACAGAGCUUGGCUGCUGCUUUGAAUACAGAGGUACAAAAUGCCUAGCUGCUCCUCUGGGUCUCUGCAGAUGCGUCGGGUGCUCUGGGCCAGCCUGGUGCCUGCCCUGCUGCCGUAGGUGCUGCGCUGCCUCCCUGACUCUGCCCCCUCGCAGGGAUUCCAAUGUCCUGCCAUGGAUGAUGACAGCCAGGAUGAGCUGAUCAACAAGAACGCUGCUCUGGGAAAGGGCAAAAGGCAGUGUCUCGCACUCCUCAGCGAAACGGAAAGCAAUGGUGGAAAUAGCUGGGAUUCAGGAGAUGAUACCGGUAGUGAAGAGGAAGAUAAUGACACCGAGGAAGAGGGAGGUGAGGAGGACAAGGAAGAAAGUGAAGAUGAAGAAUUAGAAGAUUGCGAAGACGAUGAUGAUGAAGAGGAGGAGGAGGAAGAAAGUGAGGCCACUAUGGAAGGAAUCACUGAUUCUUUGAAAUCAGAGCCACACCUGAAUGGAGUGAGCAUCUCCUCUGAUGAGGAUGGUGAAAACUGCCCCAUUUGCCUCAACACAUUUAGGGAUCAGGCUGUUGGGACUCCUGAGAGCUGCUCCCAUUACUUCUGCUUGGACUGCAUCGUGGAGUGGUCUAAGAAUGCAAACUCCUGUCCAGUGGAUCGAAUCCUCUUUAAUUACAUUAACAUUCGGGCACGUUUUGGUGGGAAAAUCUUAAAAAAGAUUCCUGUUGAGAACACAAAAACUCAGGGUACUGAUGGAGAGGAUGAUCCGACCUUCUGUGAGGUGUGCGGCAGAAGUGACCGCGAGGAUCGCCUGCUGCUCUGCGAUGGCUGUGAUGCAGGGUAUCACAUGGAAUGCCUUAAUCCUCCUCUGAGUGAAGUCCCUGUAGAUGAAUGGUUCUGUCCUGCCUGUGCCCCCAUGGGUGCCAAUGGUGCUGCAGAUGCAGAUCAUGUCAGUGAGGAAGAGGUGGCUGCCCUCAUGGCCGAUGUUGUCCCCACUACCAGUAGGCUCCGCCCUCACGUCCGGACCCGAGCCAUAGCCAGGACUCGGCAGAGCGAACGCGUCCGGGCCACGGUGAACAGGAACCGCAUAACGACGGCACAGCAGAUUCGGCAUGUGCCAGGGUACCUCAUGUCCUCUCUUCUGGAUGAAACAAUUGAAGCAGUUGUAGCAGGCCUGAACACAGCCAUCUACCAGCGUCCUCUGGCACCACGGGCUCCUACCAGGCAGAAGAGAAAAACAGGUAGGCGGAAGAAAGUAGGAGGCAAAAAAAGAACUCAGACAAAAUCUGCUGCUGGGAAGAAGAGUUCAGGGACACAGCUGAGGAGACGCAAGCGUCUGACAAAGAAGAGAAGGGGGAAAAAGACGAGAGUAAGAUCACAUGGGAAAAAUGAGGUUACUACUCGCUCCCGUAUUGCAAGAACUCUUGGGCUCAGUAAACCUGUGCGUGGGGCCUCACUUCCUUCCAUGUACAAACCAACGGAGCCCUCGCUUGGGCUGAUGAGAGCAGAUAUUGGUGCAGCUUCUCUCUCUGUGUUUGGGGAUCCAUAUGAGUUGGAUCCAUAUGAAAGCAAUGAAGAGGUUCCAGCAAAUCCAGAUUCACCAGUGAGUGCCAAAAGGAGAGUUCUCUCCCAGUCAGCACUGAGGUCUCACCGUCCUGUAGCUAGACCCGUUUCUGUGGGACUUCCCAGAAGCAGUGUGCCUGCCUUGAGUCCUGAUCAAGAAGCAGAAGCUGCUCCUGUGCCUGAUCUGUUGGGAAGUAUCCUGUCUGGACAGAGCCUUCUCAUGAUGAGUAGUUCAGAUAUUGUCAUCAACAGAGAUGGUUCACUGACAGCAAAGAAGGAAGCUCCAUUUCAUAGAAAAUCAGCAAGUGACUCAAGAGUGGAGGAUGGUUCAGGACAUAACACCCACCCAAGUACAGCGCACUCAGGGACCACAGCAAGUAGCUCCAUGGCUGGACCUUCUGUUUCCUUGGAGCUGAGUACUCGCUCCAGACCCUUCUCCUCAAGCUCGUUCUCAUCACCUCUGCUGAGCAGGAGCGAGUCUGCAGCAAGCCCUGCACAGACUGCACCGGAAAAGGCAACUGUAAAGUCAGAAUAUUCAAUGACACCCAGGUCUGUCCAGACUCAGAAUACAGCAACUUUGAGCAGGCAUGGCUCAAAGUUAGAUGAAAUGCCCAGAUUUAAUGGAAAAUCUAGAAACUUUGUACCCACUGAUUCACCUUCAAAGCCCCUGAGCUGUAACUUGAAUUCUGGCUCAAAAGCUGUAACUGUGAGGCAGCCAGUAAAACCACCUUCCCAGAGAAUUGACAUCUUUGAGCUUCCCAGGAUACCAAAGAUUAAAAAAGAAACCAGCAGCAAGCAGGUGGAGCCGGAACCUGCAGGAAGCCAAAGCUGUGACAUCCCCAGCUCCUGUAUAACCCAGCUGACUGGCAAGGACAGCACUAAUCAGCCAGGAAAGGGUAGCAGGGUGGAAAGUCAGAAAUCAAAUUCCAAGGAACCUCAGCAACAGACACGUCCAAGCGGGGUGUCUUUCUCCACCAAUCCCAGUGGCUAUAGCGGUUCAUCGCUGCUAGGCACUUCAAGGGGCAAAGGCCCAGGCUCUUUUGAGAGUUUUAAAAUCAAUAUUCCCGGGAACACAGGACAUCCCAGCAGGCUGUCUAACCCAGGAUUUUGUAAUACCUUCCGCCCGGUGGGCGAUGACGUGCAGCAGAAGGAGAGUCCUUCAGCUCUUUUCUCAGUAAAGAAAAAGCAGGUCAAAAGUGAAAUAUAUGAUCCCUUCGAGCCAACAGGAUCAGACUCGAGUUCAGCAAACAGCAGUCCUGAAAGGCUUGGUUCAGGAAUCCCACUAACUAAUAUCACCAGGACUAUUUCCAUUGAAAAUCCAAAAGUUCAAACAUUUCAAACUGUCCGUCGUUUCACUCCUUACAGGGUAGAAAAUAUAUUUGGAUCUGGGACUGACUCUGAUGUGCCGUCUGGUAACACAGAGUCUCGUGAUGAUGUGGCAGUAGCAAGCAGGAUUGUAGAACAGAUCUCUGAUACAGAGGAACGAGACAAUGUGGGUGAGGAAGACCUCCUAAGCAGUCCUUGCACUUCAUCUGCUGUUAAGGAAAUUUCUAAUACUAAGUGUUUAAAGGAGGAAAACAGAGAGGGACCUAAUGUGUUCUUUAAUGCUGAGGAAUUGAUUAGACCUAGUAUUAAUGUGAAAAUAGAACCAGACAGUCCCUCAAAGAGUGAUGGGCAGCAGAAAGUCCAAAAGGUAGAACAAGCAGAGAGGCUAUCACGUUCCAGAUCCCGUUCAAACUCCAGCUCCCGAAGCAAGAAGAAGAUGAAAAGGAAAAAAGCACUUGUCAAAGAGCAUAAGAGAUCACGUUCAGGGUCAAGAGACAGAGCACACUCAAGGGACCGAAGCUCCAGGUCUACCUCUUGGUCAGGUGGGGAAGAGCACAGCAAAACACACACAUUAAAAUCCAAGGGCAGGCGGUCUUCUACUGACCGUUCUAGCAGUCAUGAACGAUCUAAAAAAAAGAAAAUGAAGGAUAGAACCAAGGAUAAAAAGGCAAAAACUUCUUGGUCCAGGGACAGAAGGAAAUCUAGAUCACGUUCAGGUAGUCCUGGAAGUACUUCUGAGUUUUAUGAAAAUAGGAAAAAGAAAAGACGGUCUCGCUCAAGAUCAAGGUGGAGGGACCGCUCCCGGUCAAACAGCACGGAGAGGACUAAAAGGCGGAAACGCAGGAGGGACAAAAGCUACGAGAGGUAUGAUAAAGAAAGUGGCUUGAAGUCAAGGGACAGAAAGAGAUCAAGAUCCAGAUCUUGGGAGAGGAGAAAGUGGAGAUCUCGGUCUCGAUCUUGGGAGCACAAAAGCAGCAAAUCAAAGGAAAAAAGACUGCGAUCCCGAUCACGUUCCAAAGAAAGGAAACACAGAUCAAAAGAGACCUUGCUUCCUCCUCUGCCAGAGAAGGAUCAAAAGCCUCCAGUUGAAAAUGUAACCAGGUGUCUGGAGCAACCCCAUUCUCUCAAACAAGAGCCAAAAGAGGAGCUAGUACUAGAAGGGCUUUCUAUAACCAUCCAACCAAAUGUCACACUUGAGGAAAUACAGACUGAGACCCCAGUUCAGCUGAGAGAGGUCCAAGAAACUAUAAAGGUAGAGCCCACCUGUCAGGAAGUGAGCAGUGAAACUGCAUUCCCUGCACCAGAGAUCACAGACAUUUGUGUCCCAAUUGGUGAUGUGGAUUCUUUUGCUGAAACAGAGUUAAUGAAUAGUACUGAUCCAGCAGUGCUCAGUAGCUGUAGCAAUACAAACCUAGAGAUUACAGUUAAAAUAGAAAAUACUGCAUUAUGUCCAUCUCUGAUGGAGCAACCCCCAAAGAAGGAAGUUAUCAUGCAUGUUCCAGCUGAGGCUGCACCCAUUCAAAGCUCAUCCAAAAGCAAAGUCCUGGAUUGUGUGAGGGAGGUUAAGGAGGAGUGCCUUGUCUCAGGUGAAAAUACAAGUAAUUUCACUAAGCCUGAACUGGAAGUGGUACCUCAGGGUCCUGCCUUGAAAUCAAAAGCACCAGUGAAAAGAGUUACCUGGAAUCUUCAAGAGGAAGAAAGCAGCACGUUGUCUGCUGGAAAAGCUCCAAGGAUGCCAUUUUACAAACUUCAGCGAGCAAAAGAAGGGGCCUGGAAAGCAGAGGACUUGAACCAAAUGUUAAAUCAGGUGCAGUUAAAUGAGCCUCCUCCAACCAAUUAUAUGAUUCCUGAGCCUAUGUUUCCUGAUCUAGAUUCCUCUCAGGUGUACUGUCAGAACAUCCCUCUGGCGCCAGCUCUGCCCUCCAGCCUGCCCCCCUACGCCCCAGUGAGCCAGCCCAUGGUUCAGUUCAUCAUGCAGGGAAGUCUUCCAGCUCUUGGCUGUGUGGCAGGACAGAGCCUCACCCCAGAGCCGGGCAGCCUGGCUACAGCAUCUGAGCCAGGAAUCCAAGCUGCUUCUGUUGGAAAUGCAGAGGAAAAGAUCAAAGCACCCAAACCUCCAGUGGAUAAAACAAAAAAUGAGGAAUACAUGAAGAAGCUUCACAUGCAAGAAAGGGCUGUGGAAGAAGUGAAACUUGCCAUCAAACCUUUUUACCAGAAGAGGGAGAUUACAAAGGAGGAGUACAAGAGCAUCCUUCGGAAAGCAGUGCAGAAGAUCUGCCACAGCAAAAGUGGAGAGAUCAACCCUAUGAAGGUGGCUAACCUGGUGAAGGCAUAUGUGGAAAAAUACAAACAUAUGAGGAAACAUAAGAAAACUGAUGGUGAAGAUACACGUGAAGUGGAAAACUGAGAGCAAGCCACAGCCAGCAUGACUUGGACUGAACUUGUCCUAGCUGUGGGCGCUAUGGGAAUAACAGACAUGCAGUUGCAUCUCACUGUAAGCAGAGUGCAGAGAAACAAGAUGAGAACAGACUUUAUCUACGGAACCUUCUCUUGAAUUGUUUCCAUAUGGGAAUGAAUUUAGGAUUUUUUUGGAUUACCUACAGCUGUAGAACUAAAUAACAAUCAAAUGCCUCAGACCAGCAGAGUAAUUCGAGGGGAAACACAGAAGAGAUUAAUGUUUGGAACUCCCGGAUUGCUACAGUUUUCAGGGUUACUUUGAUCACAUUUUUGGGCUGUGCACUUGUCUUGCUAAAGUUUGAAACUGGACACACUUUUCAUACAGUAUAUUGAGAGCUGUAUACUGUUUCCCUUGUGUUUAUUUAUCAAAAUAUGGAUUGUCUUUAGAAAUUUCUGAUUUAAUACUUGAAAUGUCGUAUUUUUAGCCCGUUGGAUGGUGAGCGAAGCUUUACUCGCUCUGGCAUUUGGGGAUUGCAGAAAUGAGCUAACCUUUAUAAACUGACUUCAGAAACACUGCUCAAGCCGUGGUGUUUAUUUACAUUCUGUUGGAAGUACCUUAGUGAAAAAAUUAAUUUUGGGAUGGGAGAUUGUGUUGCACUUGUGUAAAUAAUGCACUGAUGGCUGGUUUUGUGUCUGCCUUUCAGGAAAACGCGAAACAAAAAGCAAGCAUUGUCAAUUUUCAGUAACAAGCUUGAAGGAUAAGGUUGGACUGAUGUACAAAGCAGAAAUGUGACAGAGUUUAUAAAGUUAUUUUGAAUGGUUUUUGUCCUAUA